AUGAGCGCCAACAAGGGAACAGACAAGGAGCUGUACAAGCUCGAGCUCCUCUCGCUCGUCUCGCGCAUCUCUCAAGACAUCUUCAAUGAAACCAGAGUCCAGGACAAGACUGUCGCCGAGUUUGUCAUCUCUACGCACGAGAAGAGCAAGGGAAACUAUGCCGACUUUGUGAACGCUUUAAACAAGUUGAACGCCAACUUCAGCGACGACUUUAUGAAGAAGCUCGACCGCACAAUCGUCACGCAACACCCAAAGUACAAGCGCAAGGCUGCCAAGGCCAAGGCCAAGGCUGCUGCGGGAAAGAAUGUCGGUGCCGGCGGUGACACUGCCAAGGCUCUGCAAGCGCGCAAGUUCCCCGGACUCGCGAUGCCCGACCAGGGGUGGAAGAGCGAAGACGACUACCUGCGAGAGCGCGAGAACAAGGAGGGCGCCGAGGUCGUUCCUGACUUUUUGGUGGACAGCACCAUGAAGCAGCUCGAGUCUGUGGCGGCGCGGCGUGGACGACCUGCCGCAGACGACUAUAUGGACGGCGAGCCAAGUUCCAAGCGGCCACGGAACGACUAUGGCCGCGGGGACCGGGAUCGGGGAUACGACCGUGACCGCGGGUACGAGCGUGAUAACGGGUACGCAGGACGAGACAACGGAUGGGCUGGGCGCGGAGGACCACCGCGCGACUCGAGGGAUGAGCGCCGUGGGCGACCUGGCCUCGACGACCGGCCGCUGCUGUACAAGAUCUACAACGGCACCGUCUCCAACGUCCGUGACUUUGGCGGGUUUGUCGCGUUGGAAGGCGUCGCCGGGCGCCAGGAGGGUCUUGUACACGUGUCCAACAUCACCGGUGCGAGACUCGAGACGGCCAACGAGGGAAUCCAGCGGGGUCAGCGCGUGAAGGUCAAGGUUAUGUCAAUCACAGGGUCAAAGAUCGGGCUGAGCAUGAAGGACGUCGACCAGACCACUGGCGAGGAUCUUUCACCGCACAUGCGCGAGCGGUCAGCGGAGGAGAUGGCGGCGGAUCGGCAGCGCAUGGCGGCGCGGAUAGGCACUGGCGCCAACGCGGCGCCAUUGCACGGGCGUGGCGAGCCCGUGCCCGAGGCAAUGUCUGGAGACCGGCGCGUGACUGGGAGUGCGAAGCGACUUUCGAGUCCCGAACGGUUCGAGAUCAAGCAGUUGAUCGCGUCCGGUGCCGUCAGCGCAGCCGACUACCCCGACCUUGAUGACGACUUUAACAACCCUGACCGCGAGGAGGUUGAGCAGGACGUCGACAUUGAGGUCAGCGAGAAGGAGCCGGCGUUCCUGGCAGGCCAGACCAAGGUCACACUCGACAUCUCGCCGGUAAAGAUUAUCAAGGCGCCAGACGGGUCGCUGAAUCGCGCUGCCCUUGCGGGUGGAGAACAGGCGCGCGAGCGGCGCGAGAUUCGUCGCUUAGAGGCCAACGACGAGAUGGACAAGCAGGCCAAGAAUGUCACGCAGCCAUGGCUUGACCCGAUGGCCCAACCUGGCGACCGGCAAUUCGCCUCGGACCUGCGUGGGCAGCAGCAGCCCAAGCCCACUUGGAAGUCGGCAAACAAGGGGGUGGUGACGUUCGGUCGCAUCACGAGCCUGAGCAUUGAGGAGCAGCGGCGCGCUCUACCCAUUUACAAGCUGCGCGAUCAGCUCGUCAAGGCACUCAAGGAGAACCAAAUUCUUGUUGUUGUCGGCGACACGGGGUCCGGCAAAACGACACAGAUGGCGCAGUACCUCGCCGAGGAGGGUAUGCUCGGAAACGGACGCUUGGGUUGCACACAGCCGCGUAAAGUUGCCGCUGUUAGUGUUGCCAAGCGUGUCGCUGAGGAGGUCGGGUGUCGCCUCGGCGCCCAGGUCGGAUACAACGUUCGUUUCGAGGACGUGACGUCACCCGAGACCAAAAUCAAGUUCAUGACGGACGGAAUGCUGCUGCGUGAGCUGCUCGUCGACCCGGACGCGACCAAGUACAGCGUCAUCAUGCUGGACGAGGCGCACGAGCGCACGAUCGCAACCGACGUCCUCUUUGGCCUGAUGAAGAAGGCGUGCAAGAGGCGCCCUGACCUUAAGCUGAUCUGCACGUCGGCGACACUUGACGCAGAAAAGUUCGCCAAAUACUUCUACGGAUGCCCGAUCUUCACCAUCCCCGGCCGCACAUUCCCCGUCGAGGUGCUGUACACCAAGGAGCCCGAAAGUGACUACCUCGAGGCGUCACUUAUCACCAUCCUUCAGAUCCAUCUUAUGGAGCCGCCGGGUGACAUCCUCCUCUUCCUCACAGGACAAGAGGAGAUCGACACGUCAUGCGAGAUCCUGUCCGAGCGAAUCCAGGCGCUCGGACCGGCGGUGCCAGAACUCUUGGUUCUGCCAAUGUACGCGGCGCUGCCGAGCGCGAUGCAGUCCCGCAUCUUCGACCCCCCUCCACCCGGCGCGCGUAAGUGCAUCAUCGGAACGAAUAUUGCCGAGACGAGUAUCACCAUCGACGGCAUCUACUAUGUCAUUGACCCGGGCUUUGCCAAGCAGAACGCCUACGACCCCAAGCUCGGCAUGGACUCGCUCAUCGUCACACCCAUCUCACAGGCCCAGGCGCGGCAGCGAGCAGGCCGCGCGGGGCGUACCGGUCCGGGCAAGUGCUACCGCUUGUACACCGAGUUGGCGUUCCGCAACGAGAUGUUGCCAAAUCCGAUUCCCGAGAUCCAGCGCACCAAUCUUGCAGCAACGAUUCUCACGCUCAAAGCGAUGGGUGUAAACGACCUUAUCAACUUUGACUUUAUGGACCCCCCGCCAGCCGCAACAAUGUUGAUGGCGCUCGAGGCGCUGUACGCUCUCGGUGCGCUCGACGAUGAGGGUCUCCUCACGCGCGUGGGUCGCAAGAUGGCCGACUUCCCCCUCGACCCUCCGUUAUGCAAGAUGCUCAUCAAGAGUGUCGACUAUGGAUGUUCCGAGGAGGCGCUCACGAUCGUCGCCAUGCUCCAGGCCGGCGGACAGAUCUUCUACCGGCCAAAGGAGAAGCAAGCGCAAGCAGACGCCAAGAAGGCCAAAUUCCACCAGCCAGAGGGCGACCUGCUCACCCUCCUGGCAGUGUACAACGGAUGGAAGGCGUCCAACUUUUCCAAACCGUGGUGCUAUGAGAACUUUAUCCACGAGCGCGCGAUGAUCACGGCCCAAAACGUCCGCAAGCAGCUGGUGGGCAUCAUGGACCGGUACAAGCACGACCUGGUAUCGUGCAGCACCGACUAUAACCGAGUCCGCAUGGCGAUUUGCAGUGGCUUUUUCAGGAAUGCGGCCAAGAAGGACCCAAUGGAGGGAUACAAGACGCUCGUGGAGAGCACGCCCGUCUCGAUCCAUCCUUCGAGUGCGCUGUUCCAGCGCCAGCCAGAGUGGUGUAUCUACUACACGCUCAUCCUCACGGCCAAGGAGUACAUGCACCAGGUGACGGUGAUCGAGCCCAAGUGGCUGCAGGAGGUCGCGCCGACUUUCUUCAAGGUCGCCGACGCCAAUAAGAUCAGCAAGCGCAAGCAGGGUGAGAAGAUUGAGCCCCUGUUCGACCGGUUCGCCGAGACCAAGGACGACUGGCGACUCAGCAGGCAGAAGCGCGUCGUGCACAACUCGCAGAGCUUCUCCAACAACUAG